GGGUGGCGCCGCUUUCAGCCCGAUGAGUGAUUGCUUCGUCCUGUUCCGUCACGCUUCGCGCAUCAUCAAGGCUGCUUUCGACCUGGCGUGCCUCAAGAGAGAUGGAGGCACCGCACGCUCUGCAUUCGAGCUCCUCCGUAGUGUCUCGGGAAAGGCGUGGGACGGCUCUUGGCGACAAGUCCAUCCGCGCGCUCGCACAGGCUGGUCUGAGCACGCUCGAGUCCGUCGCACGUACCGAGCCGCACCGCAUCGAGAUGAUCCUCGGCCGUCGCGCGCCCUUCGGCCAGCAGAUCGUCAACGAAGCCCGCGCAAUGCCGGCGUUCAGCCUCGGCAUUGCCGAGAGCGCCACCCAGGUGACGGGCGAGGGCGUGGCGCUAAGAGCACGCGUGACGGUGGGCCUGCUCCGCCCAGACGUGCGCACUCGGUCAAAGAGUGGAGGCCAGCUCUGGCUUACCUGCUUGUCCUUGACAAGCACGUCGGAGUUCCUCGACUUUCGCCGCAUGCCCGUGAAGAAGCUCACCGAUGAGCGCAGCUUCUCCGUGCGCUGCAUGCUCCGCCGUCCGCACGAGAGUCUUGUGGUCAUCGUCGGCUGCGACGAUAUCGCCGGCUCAGGCGUCCGCGCCGACCUGCAUCCGACCUCAGUGUCCGCGGCGGACUUUCCUAUCCCGGCCAUGGGCUCGGCAGAGGAGCUUGCUCAGCAGGAGCUCGAGGGCUUGACGGCCGCCGACUUCGACACGGCAGAGCUCGAGUCCCUCGCGGGCCAGUCAGCUCCGCCGGCCAGCGUGGAGCCUCAGCCGCAGCCGGCGAACAAGACGAAGGGCGUCAGCACUGCAGGCGCAUCGGGGAAGACGGUAAAGGCAGCAGCGGUCACGAAGAGCGCUCCGCAGCGUCUACCGAACGGUCGAUACAAAUGCCGCCAUCUGUGCAAGAAGAAGUGCACACACAAGUGCUGCCUCGAGGGCCUGCUCAAGCCUCCGCCGCUGGCACGCAAGGCCAGCGGCAAGAAGCUCAACACGAUUGAGCAGUCGCUCCUCGACAAGAUCUCGAGCAUCGGCGAAGCGAAGGCGACUGACGAAGCGACGCAGACUGAAGAGCAGGAAGAAGCGCCUGCAUCGCGUGCCGAAUCGUCCGGUCUGAUCCUGCCGGCGCGAUGGGUGCAGGAGCGCGCUUCUGCUGCCGCUGCUGCCAAAGCUAAGGCUGUUGCAGGCGCUGCUGCGAGCUCCGCACCCGCGGCCGCCAAGCGCAAGAGCUCGCAGGCGCCAGAGGCCAUGCCUCCUGCCAAACGCCCGCCCCGGCAGUGGCGUGGCCUCGACCCCGCGCUCACUGAGCAUCUGGGCAACGACUCAGCAACCGAGGACUCGCCUUCUCCGCCGAGCAUCAGCGAGCUGGGCUUCUUCGACAGCGCGCGCGUGGUGCCGCACGAUCAUCUGCGUGACCUGCAGCCGGCAUACGACGACUUCGAGCCGUACGCCUUUGACGAGGCAAAGGCAGCAGAGGCUGCGUCAGGCGCAGGCGCAGCUGCGGAUGAUCCGCUCUUCUUCAUCACUUCGAGGUCGUCGUCCGAGUCGUCUUUCGGCCGCUGGCGCGCUCCCGCUGCCCGCCCGCGCGCGGAGGCUUCUCCUCUAAGCACCCACUCUCGCGCCGAGUCGGCGGACACGGACUCGCGCUCUUCAUCGCCCGAGCAGCCGCUGGCCGUCCAGCACGCAGCCUCGCCAGCCUGCCCGCCCAUGGCCGCCGCGCUCAGCCAGCCAGUGCCGCCGCAGCCGGAAGUGCGCACCGACGAAGGCGCGCCUGUGGCGCAACUCGGCUUCGCGAUGCCAGUGCGCGCGCCGGCCACCGCGCUUAGCGCUCCGCAGCCCGACCUAUCUGUCGCAGUCGAUAGCGCAGCCGGAGAAGCGGAGGUCGAGGACCAUGACGACCUUGAGGGAUUCUUCAACGAGCACACUCUGUGAGAAAGGCCAGAGAGAAGCAACGAAUGAUUCGAGCCAGCGAUAGA